AGCUCUGAAACCCUCUCUCUCACACAGAAUAUAAAAAAGUUGGCCAAAGUCUGUCUCAGCUCCAACAGCUACCAGACACCCACAACAACCUCUCUCUCUUUUUAUCGCUCUCUCUCCCUCUCUCACACACACACACACACACACACCACCCCUCACUCCUGGCACAGAGAAGACAGGACCACUGGAGAGACCAUACACACCUCCUCCUCCAGUCACUCACCCAGCCAUCGCCAGACGCUAAGCCCAGGAUGUGGACUUUGCUCUUGGGGGUCACCUUUGGAUUACUGGCCUCCUCCAGGUCGGAACCGGCUCAAGCUACAGUGAAAUCGCGUAGCUGCAGCCAUGCCGGUGUGUUCCACGUGGGAGGAGAAGCUCGCUACUCAUUGACCUUGGACAUGGCCAAGAAGCUGUGUGACAGCCUGGGUAUCACCAUUGCCAGCAGUGAACAGGUCAUCGAGGCCCAUGCCAAAGGCCUAGAGACCUGCAGAUAUGGUUGGAUCAGCAACGGAAACACCACCAUCCUCAGACAAAAGGCUCAUGUCAACUGUGUCAACAACAUGACUGGAGUCUUCUUCCAUCAAGUCUCUCCGGAACAACCCUUUGAUGCCUUCUGUUUCAAUGCAUCAGAUUUGGCUGACAAGAACUGUGAUGCGGCCAUCAACCCUGAUUCAACAGGACCAGAGAGUGUUCAGGUGACAGAUGUAGACCUUGCUUCAGAUGCUGCAGGUGAGGCCACAGUGCAUCCUAAGACAGAGGACGAGGUCACGGAGGAGAAGACAGACAUUCAGACAUUUCAGACAGCCCCAACAGUGGCGAAGGACGAGGACCAGAGAGAGCUUGAGGCCACAGAGACAGGCCCUGAGGAUGGAGCCCAGCCUGAGGCCACCGUCAACCCCGAGCCUGACACCCAGGACACCACCUCCGCACCUGGGGAAAAGGGAGCAGAGAGCACCACUGAGGUAAUGGAAGCAGUGGACACAGACCAGCCGGCACCCACUGAGGCCAGCCCAGUAAAGCCAACAGCAUGGGGUGAGGGUGAUGCUUCAGAAGGGACAGCCAGAGAAAGCCCUGGCAUAAAGGAAGAGCAGGCUGAGGGGAAUGAGACCCAGGAAGCCAGCCCCACUGAGCACCCUGGGGUGGUGGUCACUGAGAUGGAAGAAACCACUGUGUCUGGGAUGUUGCCUUCUGGCUCAGAGGAGGAGGGGGCACCACCUGUUAAAGAGCCAGGAGAACCACAGGGCCGGGCCAGAGAGGAGGAUUUUCAGGAGGAGGUAGAGGUAGAAGCAUCCAUGCAGCCCAUUCCUAAUGGGAAGAUGAAUCCAGGUAUGGGAGCAGACCCUACUCCAGCUGGGCAGGAGAUCAGUAGCACGUCCAAUUGGCUGAUCAUUGUGGGAGUGCUUGUGGCACUGGUUGCUAUUCUCCUCGCGUGUGUUGUUGUGGUCAAGUAUAAGAGCUGGUGCGGUCAGCAGCAGACCCUGAUGAUCACCAACAAGGAUGGGAAUGAGGGUAACGGUGCGGCGGCGUCAGUGGCUAGCUCCCGCGCCCAGGAGAGAGAGCAGGAGAUGGUGACCCUGAUGAAUAAAGAGAAGAUCCAGGAAAACGGAAACACUGAGGAGUUCACCGCCAUCACACUGGAGGACUCCCCAGAGAAAGAACAGCUAGCGUGAGAGAGUAGAGGAGGAGGAGAAUGAGAGGGAGAGUGAGUGAAACAGAGAGUGUGUGAGAGAGAAAGUGAGUGAGUGAGUGAGAGAGAGAGAGAGAGAGAGAGAGAGAGAGAGAGAGAGAGAGAGAGAGAGAGAGAGAGAGAGAGAGAGAGAGAGAAGAAUAGCUAUGGGGUCAUGACACUGGGGCAGGACUAGAGAGAGGCUGGCUGGGAUGGAGAUGGACACUUUGGCCUGGUACCAAGCAGACGGACACGCUGAACAUACCAGCUGGGGUUGGGGUGGUUGCUUUGUAAAUGGAAGGGGUGGGUAAUGCUGUAUUGAUUCUGUUUGUUGUUUUAUUCUGGUGAGCAUGGCUGGUUUUCCCCAGCUACUUGUUACUAAGGUACAACAUCUGAAACUGGACCGACCCUUUCCCUGUCUGUCAGAUGGCUAGAUAGUCCUUUAAAACCAAGAGGAGCAAAAUUAUGCUUUAUAGCCUCCUAUGUCACGGUGGUUAGAAUGGGAUAGUUUCCUAGACCCAGGGUUUGGACUGAAUUUUCAACAGCAGGGGUGUCAACCCAGGCUUCUGGAAAGACACAGAGAAACACACCUGUUGAUAUUCACCCCUGCCUUUCAAUCAGGGUCUAAUCUAAAUCUGAGAAAAUCAUACUGGCUUCUCUAGCCAAUAGGUAACAUUAAUUCAUAAUUUGAGUGCCAUGUUGAAAUGAACCCUGCAGACCCUGGAUAACUGGAGGUUGACAAUGACAACCCUGCUCUAAAGCCUGAUGUAUGCUGGGCUCUAAGUGGAGAUGUUGAAGGUGUGUGUGUGUGUGUGUGUGUGUGUGUGUGUGUGUGUGUGUGUGUGUGUGUGUGUGUGUGUGUGUGUGUGUGUGUGUGUGUGUGUGUGUGUGUGUGUGUGUGUGUGUGUGUGUGUGUGUGUAUGGGGAGAGAUAAAGUGGGUUCAUAAAGUCACAGGGAUAUGGGUGGGAGUUUUAAAGGUGGGGGAUGGGGGGGACUUGGAUGCCCUCCAAGUUCAAUAGGAGAUUCAGGUUUGAAGGACAUUGUUGAUACUGUGUCACUCAAAGCUUUUGAGGCAUUGGGUUGGAAAAUAGACACACGCACCCGCACACUCACAGAAAUGUGAAAACUAAACAGAUGUGGGUGGAUCAUUUGGCUCGAUGUUCAUGGGAUUCAUAUUGUUUCUGAUGAUGGGUAAAUGUGUGAUGUUGUGGCCCACUGAUGUCGUUUCUUUUGAUAUUAACCUUGUGUAUAUUUCACUUGUUUCCUGUGGAUUGGGGUUUUAUUUUGUUUUUACAAGAAAACACAAUAUUACUAUUUAAAUUUGUGCAGUUUGGAUAUUAUUAUUAUUUUUUGCUUCUGUAAAUAAUGUAUGCGUGUUUUCCAAAUGGCUUAGAAAUAGUGGUCAAUCAUCUUUUUGGCAUGCACAUGCCCUUUAAUGAUUAAAGAAAAGCUGCCAUAUUUGAGUUAUUUAAUCAAAUGCAGAAUUUAAGGUGUUCAGUUGUGAUAGAGCAUUUGCAGUAGAGUGGAUAUUGUAUGAAUCAACUGCAUGUACAGUAUUCAAGACUGUGCAUUUUAAAUACCUUUAUUAUGAUGUCAAUUAACAUGGUCUGUAUACAUGAUUAAGUCAUGUUGGAUAGCACACAGGAUUGUUUGGAAUAUCAAUAGCUUUCGGAGAGUAGUAGCAAUGCUCAGAUUUGGAUGUUGGGGUUCACAUGUAUUGUACCAUAUAAUUCACUUCAUACUAUAUUGACAGAAGCGUGCAGUCUACAAUGACCUAGCAUUGUGUAGUAAUGCAUUAAACUGUGAUGAAUAUCAUCCAAUGACACCUAACAGAUAGAGCCCUCGGAGUGCUGGAGCACAUGCCCUUUUGCCCUCCUAUGAAAAAUGUGUCCUUUUGAUUGGUGGUGGUUUUAAAAACUAGUUUAUUUUCACACUUGUAACUUUAAAUGCAAUGAAUUUCGUAUAAAAGUAGUUAAUUUCUCAUGAACCCAUUAAUCUCGAAAAAAAAAAGUCCUCUGCCACCGCAACAGUGCGUUGCUGCGCUUGUCCUCGUCACAUGCACAAGCUUCCAACCUGUUCUAAUAUUAUAUUACAAUAUGUAAUAUGCAUAAAUAUUUGCAGUGCACAAACUUAACAUGAUAAACAGGAAUUACAUUUAUGCUAAAUGGUGACCCAAAAUAACUAUCUGAAAGCCAAGCUUCCAAUAAGCCAUGCCUCCAAUCUGAUAGGUUGCCACCUCCACAAUAUAUUAUUCACAAGUUUUAUAAUUGAACCCCUAGACCCUUUUCAACUGGAAAGGUUCUGCCAGUGUGGCAACCCAAAUGGUUCUUCCAGGCACCUUUACUUCUAAGAGUGUACAUUAGCGAUGAUCAGCUGAUAUAGCCUACCCACCCCAGGAGUGGUUAUAGGCUAGCAAAGAAGUAGUGAUUCUUUCUAACUCCCUUUCUGGGUUUUAUUGUAAAAUGAAAAAAAAUUAUCUGGCUACAGGAGCAGUAGAAAUGUAUGAAUGCAAUUAAGGUCGAUUUUUUUAUUUGACUUUGAACACCUGCUCCAUCAAAGGUCUGUGCAUUGCCCAGGCACCCAAUAACAAUUGUUAACUGCUAACAUAACAACCAAUCUACAACCCUGAGGAGUGACUGCCUCCCUCACUGACUUAAACUAUUACAAAUGACCAGGACACACAGAUAUUACAGUAAUGGGCAGUACAGUAGAACUCCAAGAACAGCUCUGGAUUGUAAUUCUCUGGGUUCCUUUGUAACAAUGGAGCAGGGGCCAUCUUGUUUCUGUGGCUUUCCCUUUUAUGUGCACCAGAUAGAGGGAUCAAAUCAAAUCAAAUGUUAUUCGUCACAUGCCUUGUAAACCACAGGUGUAUAUGAACAGUGAAAUGAUUACUUACGGGCCCUUCCCAACAAAGCAGUGAAAACAUAUUAGAAAUAAUAGAAAAAUAGAAAAAUAAUAACAUGAAAAUGCACAAUUAGUAACAAUAACUUGUGUGAUUGUGUGUGGGAUGGAGGGUAAUGAAUGCAUGUGUCUCUGGCCAGGAGCUCUGUGUCUCCAUACUGAUCCAGGUCUCAAAGUGCCCAUUGCUCCACACCUCUAAGUGAUUACAUAUUCAUCUUUAUGCUGAAUCUUUCUUUCGUAGGCAAAUCACUUCUAUGUGUGGUUGUGUGUGGGUAUUGUGACAGUGCAUUUGUCAUGCCUUUUCAGUAAGAGGCAACCGAUUUGAAUCACUCCUUGUGUCCCAAGUUUUUUGAGGGUUUGUGCCUCCAUUUUUGAUGUUUGAUUUUGUUGCUUUCAUGUGAUUCACUUUGAGAAAAAUUUGCUAAUAAUUUAGCGUAGGAGUGUAUAAUGAUGAAUUAACAAAACUUUGUUAAUGAUAAAGAUUUGUAAAGUCAUGGAUGAAAUAAAUGUGUAUAGAGGAAA